AAUGGAGCCCACUGCACUUCACAUCCAACCAGGAAGGUGCGAGUACCAUCUCAGACCUUGAGGAGAAGAAAAAGAAGAAAAGGGAAAAGAAAAAACAGCAGCAGCGACAUUCUAAAUUCCUCCCCUGUUUCUUCAGUAGCACUCUGACCCUUAACCUUAUGGACUAGACUCAUCCUCAGCCCUUUAUUUCACACAUUGCUCAUUUUGUCAUCAAGAUGCAGGCACAGCUGGCAUGUAUGCUUCUUCUCUGUUUCACAUGUGGAGCGCUUUGUACAGAUGUCGACCAGGAGCAGCGAGGGCUCGCAGAGGAGCUCCUCACCAGCCUCUUCGCCUCUAAGAUGAAACACAAUAGGCAGAGUGCCCCCUACUGGCACGUAACGUUGACCAACCUGUGUAGGUUGGUGGGCAGCCUGCGGCAGGAGGCGUGGAGCGGAGAGGAGGGGGAGGACGUUUCCGAGCUGAGGGAAGGGAGCCUCCAGCUGUUGGAGGAGCUGUACAGCCUCCAACACAUCUGCAGAGCGCUGAGGAGCCGGGAGGAGAGGUUACUCCGAGACUCUGUGGAAUAUUCUGAGGAGAACAGUGACGCUCCCCUGAAACGAAAAUCCCCGUACAUCCUGAAGAGGCAAGCUGUGCACAACACCAAGUCGCGGAGGCCUUAUAUCUUAAAGCGAAGCGAAGCUUACUGACAGCCAUCGCUCGGACAAGACAAGAGGACCACCCAGUGAUAAUAUAUGUUUUCUGUCUUUGUGUGGCUGCAGAGUUUAUUUUUUCCUGUUGUUUUUCUCCAGUGAGAACCUAGGAUUGUAUGUCCAGCACUGAGGCCAUUCAUUAUUCUGCUACUGACAAUAAAAAGUGAAGCACUGUACACAUUGUGUUUUCUCUGAGGAGCUGUAUUUAUAUAUUUCUUUGUUGCAAUGUAAAAGAUUGUUCUGUUUCAGGGUACGAUUAAAGGAAUCCUUGUACAAAGCUA